AUGAGCGCCCUUGAAAUUGCUAGAACUGCAAAUGCCCCCCUCAACUCGUGGACCAAAGAACAAAUCAAAGAGAUUUACGACACCCCAUUGAUGGAAUUGAUGCACCAAGCUCAACUCCAACAUCGUAAAUACCAUAACCCUCUGGAAGUUCAAAUGUGCUCCUUGUUAUCCAUCAAGACCGGUGGUUGUGCCGAAGACUGUAAGUACUGUGCGCAGUCCUCCAAAUACGACACUGGUCUCAAGGCAGAAAAGUUGGUCCAGGUGGAUGAAGUCAUGGAAAAGGCCAGAAUCGCUAAGGAAAAUGGAUCUACUCGUUUCUGUAUGGGUGCUGCAUGGAGAGACAUGAAAGGAAGAAAGUCGGGAAUGAAGAGAAUCACCGAAAUGAUCUCCAGAAUUAACAAGGAGUUGGGUAUGGAAACCUGUGUUACUUUGGGUAUGGUGGAUGCUGACCAAGCUAAGGAGUUGAAGGCUGCCGGUCUCACUGCCUACAAUCAUAACAUCGAUACUUCCCGUGAGCACUAUCCAAACGUCAUUACUACCAGAACUUUCGACGAAAGAUUGACCACCAUCAAGAACGUUCAAGCUGCUGGUCUCCAGGCUUGUUCUGGUGCUAUCUUAGGUUUGGGUGAAACCACCGAGGAUCACAUUUCAUUUUUGCACACUUUAUCCACCAUGGAAAGACAUCCUGAGUCCUUCCCAGUCAACAGAUUGAUUCCUAUCCCAGGUACUCCUAUGGCUGACGACUUGGCCAAAUUACCAGAAAACUCCCCUCGUAAGCUCCAAUUCGAUAAAAUGUUGAAGGUUAUUUGCACUGCUAGAUUAAUCAUGCCUGGAUCAAAGAUUAGAUUGUCUGCUGGACGUUACGGUAUGAAGGAACACGAACAAUUCUUAUGUUUCAUGGGUGGUGCUAACGCUAUCUUUACUGGUGAGAAGAUGUUGACCACCAUGUGUAAUGGAUGGGACGAAGACAAGGCCAUGUUCGCCAAAUGGGGAAUUAAGCCUAUGGCAAGUUUCAGAAGACUUGACAACACCAUGAAGGUUCCUUCCUCUGAAGCUACAAAGCCUGUUUAUGUCUCUGCCUCCUCUUAA